UAAAAAUAUAUAUAGUUUUUGUUUAACUAAAACUUCGGGUCCCUGCCACAAUAACGACGCUUUCUUCCAGGCUACUCAUUUUACUCACCGCUAAAAAGGCACCUGACAUUCCGCGACUCAACAUAAUUUUCAUCUGGAACCAGCUCAUUUCAAGCGCUGGACACAAGCGGCUUGUGGUGCAUUCUCGAAAAUUCCUCCCGGUUGAAGGAAAAUGUUUGCUUUGAUAAUCACAGGACGCCUGCCACAGACAGAUUUUGUGCCCGUGGCUGAGAACAAGUUGCUCAUAAAUGUGCCGGACAUCGAGUCUGUUAAUUACAUAGUCGUCUUCUUGACGGGCACCACUCCGCUACCUAUAGGCACCUCGGCGGCCAUAUAUUUCAGUUGGCCAGACGCGUGUGCGGCUCCAACCUGGCAGUACUUGGGCCACAUAGGCAACAACAAACCCUCGGCGAUAUUCAAGAUAGCCCAGCUGAAGAAGGGCCACGAGCUGGGGACGCAGGCGAACGGCAUGGUCUUUGGCACCCAGGAGAUCUCACACAUAGCGCAGAUCGGCAUCAGCAUAGAGCCGGAGCUGGCGGUGGCGCAGCAAACUCCUGCAGUGUCCAACGCCAACGAUAAUAAGCAAUUCGGCCAGCGCAUGCUGGAGAACUUCUUCAAUUACGUCUCCAGCUAUUGUGUCUCCCCACAAGACAUCCCGCCUGCCGUGACCGAGUCCUUUGUGCCUUUCUACGUGGUGAAAAACUGGUACGCAAACUUUCAACGUCGAAUGGAUCAGAACCCCAACUUCUUGAAAUAAUAACAGCACACCCAAGUACCGCUAAGUGCCCUCCACCCUCUUAUUUUAUAGAAAUUGCAAAUAAAUUUGUAUAUAUAUUCUUUCAGUA